GGGGUGGGCUGGGGCGCGGAACUUCGGUGAUUGACCGAUUAGCUUUGAGAGGUCUGGGAUGACAGAUCAGCAGUUUUGUCUCCGGUGGAACCACCACCAGACAACACUUAUCAAUGUGUUUGGCUCUCUACUCAAAGAUGAGAGCCUGGUGGAUGUCACACUGUAUGCUGAGGGCCAGCCAGUCAGGGCCCACAAGGUGGUCCUCUCUGCUUGCAGCCAGUACUUCAGGUCCAUCUUCGCCACACAUCAUGAGGCCCACCCAGUCAUCAUUCUCAAGGAUGUGCCUCACAACGAACUAAGAGCUCUUGUUGACUACAUGUACCAGGGUGAAGUUAAUGUGUGCCAAGAUCAGCUGUCGUCGUUGAUCCAAACUGCCGAAUCGCUGAAGAUCAAGGGUCUGGCGGACAGCGGUGAUCGGCGGGGGCCUAACGCUGCGCCGGCGACACCGCCGCCUCUUCCGCCGCCGCCGCCGCCGCCACCACCGCCGCUCCAGACACAGUACGCGCCGGUGCCCAGGCGGUCGGAGAGUCCGCACUCCGCACGGGACGCGCCGGCCGGCAGCCGUCAAGCGGGAGUCGCCGAGUUGUGA